AUGCUAGUGCUUUUCGAAAUGCUUUUACAAUUGCAUCAAGUAUCAGCAAGUGGAGAGAAAGCUAUAGACUGUGCCGAGCCUAGCACUAGUAGAGAUAGCAGCAAUGCGAAUUCUAGAUCAAACAAUAGCCCUUCAAUAGGAGAAGCUGUCAAAAGACAAGCAAAGAAAGCUGUUGGGGCUGUUAAAACAAAAGCAGAAGGACUUUUAACAAUUGCACAAUUAAAAGUAGCAGAACAAGCAAAAAAAACUAGCGGAAAAAUAGAGCAGCUUGGUCAGAAUUUCGAAGAAAAGGCAAUGAAAAGAAUGAGAGCUAGCAAAGAUAAAAAUGAAGGUCCUAAGAGCUCCAAUGAAAAUGCAGAUGAAGCAGGCAUAGAUUUCAAAGAAAACAUGAAGGAAUUUGGUAGAGUCUGCAAAGAAGCAGCGGAUAAAUUUGGUGAAAGCUGUAGAGAAGCUGCAGAUAAGUUUGGCGAAAGCUGUAAAAAAGCAGCGGAUAAGUUUGGUAAAAGUUUUAAAGAAACAGCGGAUAAGUUUGGUAGAAGCUGUAAAGUAAAGGCCAAGAAAGUGCUGAGAUCUAACGAAAAUACAAGUACAGCUGUUCUAAAUUUCGAAGAAAAUAAAGAGGAAGCUGCCGAGAAUUUCAAAGAAGAUGGAAAUAAGGCUGCUACAGAUUCUAAAGCAAAAGAAACAAAAAGGCUGAAAAAAUAUAGAGAAAAAGCAAAAAAAGUAUAUGAAAAUUGCAGAGAAAAAGUAGAGGAAGGACUCGAAAAAACAGGAGAACAUGCAGAGAAACUUGGUGAGAGUUGUAAAAAACGCAUAAAGAAAGGAGGCAGGUUUUUCAAACGAAAAUCAAAAAAGAUAGUAAAACCUUUAAAAAACAAGGUAGUAGAUUUACUGAGAGGCAAGCAAGAAGUGAACGGCACAGACCAAUUGGACACAAUGCAGUUUGUCUCUGAAAGUUCGAUUUAUAAGAAAAGCUCCUGUGAUGCAUUGAAUGAAGAUGCUGAUGAUGUAAGAUUGAGCACUAUGUUUGAUUCAGAAUCUGAGAAUAAUUUAUUGACUGAUAACAAUAGCCAUGUAAAGCAGAAAUUCUGCACUGGAUAUAAGUCAAUACCUGAGAACAAUCAUUAA